AUGGUAUACCAAAUCAGACAAUGUACUUCAUCAAAGAAAAGAAGGCUCCAUUUUGGAAUCGCUAAAAGCAGUCCCUUCUCUAUUUUGGAUUCCGCUUACAAAAUUGUCUAUGGACGAUUACAUAAUUUAACUCUAGUGGUUCGAUUUGACAUCGAGUAUCUUCUUUCAAGCAACUCGCAUCCUUCUCAGCGCAAUUCACAAUCGUCGCUGCGUUCGAACCAUCUGUCGUGUAGUCCUAAAAAGUCCACUUUGAUUGCACAACAAGCGUCACGUGUCAAAACUCUACCAAAGGCCAGAGGUCAAGGAAAUUCCAGGGCCGCCGGUUCGAAACAUAGUCCACGUGGAAUCAGCGAGUGCGAUUUAGUGGUGGUAAUUUACAUGGUCAACAGACUGAUUGAGCAACUUUAUGGAAUCGAGAACUUUUUGGAUGCCGAAACUAAAUCACUGUUUGAAACGAAUGUGAGACUGCCCUUGAUGUUCUUCUUCAACUAUCUCCGAUCGAAGAGUUGCCAUCAUUGAUACCGCAGACAAGCUGGCAAAACUAGUUUUUUU